UGUGAAUCCAAAAAUCUCUCUCUUUCUCUCUUUCUCUCUGCUCUCUCUAUCACUCCUCCUGACUCAAUGGGUCCUUAGCGUCAUCUUUAUUAGCUUUAAUUACUAAGUUUUAUGUAAAAGUUGAAAAAAAAGCAUCACCAAAGCUUGGAAACUAUGGAUAUUCGGAUGAAACGAAGACCGUGGAUCCGAGAGCCUUUAUCCCACCUGCUAAGUGUUGUGUUCGUCCUGUGCCUAAUUCUCCAGGCACAAGCAGACCCAGUUGAUGUUUUGCGGGUUCUCCAGCUUCCUUCACUCCCUGAAGGUGUCCAGAAGGUUCCAGGCUUUUGUGUCUCUCAGCACACUGGUACUGAUCAUGCGUACCGCAUCAGUAAAAAGGCCCAGAUCUCUGCUCCAACCAAGCAGCUCUUCCCAGGUCGUUUCCCAGAGAACUUCUCCAUUAUGACCACAGUGAAGGCCAAGGCUGGGCUUCAAGCCUUCCUAUUGUCCAUCUACAGUGAACAGGGCGUGCAGCAGCUGGGUCUGGAGCUGGGACGCUCCCCUAUUUUCCUGUAUGAGGACCAGAGCCGCAUGCCUCCUCCAGACAAAUACCCGUCAUUCAAAGGCAUCAACCUGGCUGAUGGCAAGUGGCACCGCAUUGCUAUCUCUGUACAGAAGAAAAAUGUUACCCUUCUCAUUGACUGCAAGAAGCAGAUAACAAAACCCCUUCCAAGAAGUAACAAACCAGUGGUGGACAACAAAGGCAUCACUAUCUUUGGUACUCGCCUGUUGGAUAACGAAGUCUUCCAGGGUGACAUCCAGCAGCUGCUGAUUGCUUCCAACCCUCAAGCAGCCUAUGACUUCUGUGAGCAUUACAGUCCCAAGUGUGAUUCUCGUCCAGGGAUUCAGGCACAGGAUCCCAACACUUUUGCUACUGCGAUGGGCCAAAAGGGACAGAAGGGAGAGCCUGCUGUCCUUGAAUCUGGCAUGCUGAUUGAGGGACCACCAGGACCUGAAGGACCGACAGGUCUCCCUGGCCCUUCAGGUCCUUCAGGACUGCCAGGCUCUGUGGGUGAUCCAGGUGAAAGGGGUCCAUCCGGGAGACCAGGUCUGCCUGGAGCUGAUGGGGUCCCUGGACCUCCUGGGUCAUCUAUCAUGCUUCCAUUCAGACUUGGACAAAGUGGUGGGGACAAAGGUCCCAUUGCCUCAGUACAGGAGUCCCAGGCUCAGGCCAUUCUGUCUCAUGCUCGGUCAGCUUUGACGGGUCCACCUGGACCAAUGGGUUUUACAGGCCGAACCGGAGCCCUGGGCUCACCUGGCAGCCAAGGUAUAAAGGGAGAGAGUGGAGACCCUGGUCCACAGGGUCCCAGAGGUCCUUAUGGAAUAACUGGACCUCCUGGUAAACCUGGUAGAAGAGGCCGGCCAGGUGCUGAUGGAGCUCGUGGAAUGCCAGGAGAGACGGGAUCUAAGGGAGAUCGUGGUUUUGAUGGGUUGCCUGGUCUGCCAGGAGACAAAGGUCAUCGGGGAAAUCCUGGAGCAAUGGGACCACCAGGACCCCAAGGAGAGGAUGGAGAGAGAGGAGAUGAUGGAGAUGUUGGGCCCAGAGGACUCCCAGGUGAACCAGGGCCUCGUGGGUUGCUGGGGCCUAAGGGACCCUCAGGAGUUUCUGGACCUCCAGGUGUGCGUGGAAAUGAUGGACCUCAUGGGCCAAAAGGAAGCUUGGGACCUCAAGGAGAGCCAGGUCCUCCAGGCCAGCAGGGAACUCCAGGAACACAGGGAAUGCCUGGUCCUCAAGGUGCUCAUGGUCCCCCAGGAGAGAAGGGACCUACAGGAAAGCCAGGUCUGCCUGGCAUGCCUGGAGCUGAUGGUCCCCCUGGUCACCCAGGAAAAGAAGGUCCAUCUGGAACAAAAGGAAAUCAGGGUCCUAGUGGUCCUCAGGGUGCUAUUGGCUAUCCUGGACCUCGUGGAAUUAAGGGGAUUCAAGGUAUCCGUGGAUUGAAGGGUCAUAAAGGAGAGAAGGGAGAAGAUGGGUUUUCUGGAAUCAAGGGCGAUUUUGGCUCUAAAGGAGAAAGGGGAGAGGUAGGAUUACCAGGUCUCAGAGGAGAGGACGGGCCUGAGGGUCCAAAAGGGCGUGUUGGUCCCCCUGGAGAUAUUGGACCACUUGGCCUGGUUGGAGAGAAGGGUAAACUCGGUGUGCCUGGUCUGCCUGGCUAUCCUGGAAGACAAGGACCUAAGGGCUCACUUGGUUUCCCAGGAUUCCCCGGUGCAAAUGGAGAGAAAGGUGCAAGGGGUCUAACUGGAAAACCUGGACCAAGAGGACUGAGAGGACCAACAGGGCCCAGAGGACAGAGAGGACCUCGAGGUUCGACUGGAAAAUCGGGUGCUAAGGGUUCAUCUGGUGGUGACGGCCCUGCUGGCCCACAAGGCGAGAGGGGAUUACCUGGAGCUCAAGGAGUAAAUGGAUUUCCAGGACCGAAGGGACCUCCUGGACCUCCAGGGAAAGAUGGACUGCCUGGACACCCUGGACAGAGGGGAGAAGUUGGGUUCUCAGGCAAGUCUGGGCCUCCUGGACCACCUGGAGUUGUUGGACCUCAGGGUCCUUCUGGAGAGACAGGCCCAUUGGGAGAACGGGGCCACUCUGGACCCCCUGGACCACCAGGUGAGCAAGGCCUCCCUGGCCCAUCAGGCAAGGAAGGAACCAAAGGUGAUCCUGGUCCCACUGGGGGUCCAGGAAAAGAUGGACCACCUGGACUGAGAGGCUUCCCUGGAGAGAGAGGACUCCCUGGAAUUCCUGGUAGUGGUGGACUGAAAGGAAAUGAAGGCCCAGCAGGACCACCUGGACCAGCUGGAUCCCCAGGUGAGAGAGGGUCUGCAGGUACAGCUGGCCCCAUUGGCCCCCCUGGAAGACCUGGACCUCAGGGACCCCCUGGAGCCGCAGGAGAGAAAGGAGUGCCUGGAGAGAAGGGUCCAGUUGGCCCAGCUGGUCGUGAUGGCAUUCAAGGUCCAGUUGGGCUUCCAGGCCCUGCUGGACCUGCCGGUGUUCCAGGAGAGGAUGGUGACAAAGGUGAGGUUGGAGAGCAUGGGCAUAAGGGUGCAAAGGGAACCAAGGGAGAACAUGGUCCUCCUGGUCCUCCUGGGACGGUUGGUCCUGUUGGACAGCCUGGUGCUCCUGGUGCUGAUGGUGAAACAGGUGCCAGAGGUCAGCAGGGUGCAUUUGGUGCUAAAGGCGAUGAAGGAACUAGAGGAUUUCCUGGUCCUCCAGGCCCAAUUGGGCUACAGGGAUUGCCAGGCCCAGCAGGAGAGAAGGGUGAAACAGGAGAUGUUGGAGCAUUGGGUCCUCCUGGACCUCCUGGACCCCGUGGCCCAGCAGGCCCAAGUGGUGCUGAUGGUCCUCAAGGUCCCCCUGGAGGUUUAGGUAACCCAGGUCCACCUGGAGAGAAGGGCGAACCGGGUGAAACUGGACCAUCUGGAAUUGGUGGAGAGCCAGGAAAGAAGGGCCCAAGAGGAGAACGUGGUGAGAAAGGUGAGGCUGGACAGCCAGGUAUCUCUGGUCCUCCAGGUGGAAAGGGACCAACUGGAGAUGAUGGACCAAAAGGAAACCCUGGUCCUGUCGGUUUCCCCGGUGAUCCCGGUCCCCCUGGAGAAGUUGGGCCUAGAGGCCAAGAUGGAGCAAAGGGAGACAAAGGAGAAGAUGGUGAACAAGGAGAGGCAGGUUCACCUGGUCCUCCUGGUGAAAACGGACCCCCUGGGCCCCCAGGAAAAAGAGGGCUGCCAGGCACAAGAGGACCUGAAGGUCGUGAAGGAGAAAAGGGAGGCAAGGGAAAUCCAGGCGCUGUCGGGGCACCAGGAAAGACGGGCGCUGUUGGGCCACAAGGUCCUCCUGGAAAGCCAGGAACAGAGGGUCUGAGAGGACUUCCUGGUUCAGUGGGAGAACAAGGUGCUCCUGGCCCUGCAGGAGAGAAAGGACCUUCUGGACCCAUAGGUCCUUCUGGUUUGCCAGGUCUGCGGGGUGACCCUGGGUCUAAGGGUGAGAAGGGACAUUCAGGUAUGAUCGGUCUGAUUGGACCUGCAGGUGAGCAGGGAGAAAAGGGAGACCGAGGCUUACCUGGCCCUCAAGGGUCAUCUGGGCCCAAAGGAGAAAAUGGUAUGGCUGGUGGAACUGGCCCUCUGGGACCUGCUGGUCAUCCUGGUUUGCCAGGCCAGAGGGGUGUUAAAGGAGCAAAGGGUACUAUGGGUGGUGCUGGUCCCAAAGGAGAGAAAGGUGUACAAGGUGCUCGUGGACCUCCUGGACCUCCUGGUGAUGUCAUCCAGCCUCUCCCUUUUACGAUCCCGAAAAAGUCCAAGCGUUCCAUUGAUGCCAGUAUGAUGCUCUCUGAGAAUGAUGAGGCUGCCCCAGCUGGUGCCACAGGUACUGGAUUUCUGACUGGCAAUGAAGACAUGGAGGAGAUCUUGGGCUCUCUGAAUUCCCUACAUGUCGAAAUUGAGAGCAUGCGUUUCCCACUUGGAACGAAGGAAAGCCCAGCCCGCACGUGCCACGACCUCCAUCUCAGUCAAUCAGAAUACAAAGAUGGUGAAUACUGGAUUGAUCCAAACCAGGGCUGUUCUCGGGACUCUUUUAAGGUUUACUGCAACUUUACAGCAGGUGGAGAGACAUGCCUCUAUCCUGCCAGGGAAGUGGAGAAUGUAAAGAUGAAGUCUUGGCCAAAGGAGAAGCCUGAGUCAUGGUACAGCACGUUUGCUGAAGGAAGCAAGCUUUCUUACGUGGAUGCAAAUGGUGAGGAUGUGGGAGUGGUGCAGUUGGGAUUCCUGCGGCUGCUCAGCCUUCAGGCUCGUCAAAACUUCACCUAUCACUGCCACCACUCAGUGGCCUGGACUGAUAAAACUGCUGCCAACAGAUAUCAGAGAGCCCUGCGAUUCCUGGCUGCUAAUGAAGACGAGCUCAGUCAUGAGACCAGUCCCUAUAUCAAGGCACUCACAGAUGACUGUUCUUAUCGUAAAGCAUAUGGUAGGACAGUUUUGGAGAUAAACACACCUCAGGUUGAGCAGCUUCCUCUCAUGGACAUCAAGAUCACAGACUUUGGGGAAACCAAUCAGAAGUUUGGUUUUGAAGUUGGACCUGUCUGUUUCCUGGGAUAAACAAGAGGAAUACAAAUUCGACAGAAAUGAAACACAAUAACUUGGAUUCGUUCAAAGAUGCAUUUAUUUGGCAUAGAUAUAUGCCAGAAUAAAUACACGUUAAAAGAAUCUAAGACGUGGACACACACAGACACACACAUACACAUGUCUUUAUGAAGCAAAAUGAGUAGAAAUCAAGGGAAAAACAACUCUAAACCAGCUUGAAAGUGAGAUAAAGAUGGAUGGAAUGAUGAGAAAACAGCCUUGAUGAUACACACCUGAUCAAAGCAGAACACAAUAAAGAUCAAUAUGUGACGAGGCAUAGAGAGUUCUGGAGCAAGCAGAUGGCCUAAAGGGGCAACUACUACAGCCAAGCAAUCAAACUUCUGCCUCUCAGACCACCUCUUUCUUAUCUUUCCUUCUCACUUUUCCCAGGUGUCCUUCUCUACCUCUGUGCUUCAACCUUCACUUCCAAAAUCUCAUCUAAUCCCUGUGUGAUCACUCCAUUUAAGUUGAGACGACGUAAAAAGUAACUUUUUUUUUUUUGGAUAAACUGGUGUCUCCUUUUAUCCUUUCCAUACUGUAAUAAAGCCAAAUGGCAACAUUUUGUACUGUUUUUUCCCCUUGUUUCUAAUAUAUGCAGUGGAUAUCUGUAAAUUGCAUUGCCUUGUUGUACAUGCCUUGUAGAGAUUAAAGAUAGUGUUUUUACAAGAUUUGUGGGCAACCCAUGGACCCAGUAUUAACGCACCUGACAAGACUUUAUAGAGUGAGUUGUGCUAGUUUGUGUAAUACAAGCUAGCUGAAGCUUGGGCCUUUUGUAGUUAUAUAAACUGGUAUAUUUUAUGCUUAAAUUCCCUCUGAUCAUCCCGUCAGUGACCAAGUAACUAUGAUAACUCCGUGUAAGGUUUCAGCAACAAGCUAUUCAGUUCACCAUCACUAACCUCUCUUAUUACAUGUUCAUGGUGAAAAUGUGAAUUAGAAACCAUUUGUAUAGAAAUAUUUUAUUGUAUUUAUUUUUCAAAACGUCAUUAAAACAAGGUGAUCAAGCAGACCAGACACUUUUGCAGUACAAAAUAAAAUGUGGUGUUUCACCUGUCUUUACCUGUUCAUACCA